AUGGUGACUACCGAGAACUUCACCGUAUCGCCCAAGUAUGCGGGAGACCCAACAGAGACGUUACCUCAGCGACUCCUACUGAGAUGCCCCUACCUGAAGACAAUACCGAUCUCCAACUGGGACAUACAAGAGUAUAUGAGGAACGGAGGCGACCCCAGGCUUCUGCUGGAUAAUCUGCUUGCACUCUCGAAGAACAAAAGUCUGCCUCGAAACAUCCGAAGAUUUGCCUUUAUCUUCCACGGCCACUUUACAGGCGACAUGGGUGAAAAAAGGCUUCGUAUUCUCAGGAACAAGUUGAAGGAUAUCGUCGAUAGACGCGUCAUCGAAGGGAACGAGCUGACAGCAGCUCAGGACAGAGUGAUUGACCGGCAAGAGAGAAACAAGACGGCGCCAACCAUGGCCCCCGAGGCAAUAGGCAUUGAACCUGAACUUCUCAGCGAGACUGAGGUUCAGUCAAGCGUCAUGUCUGAGGUAGAAGGUGAUGCCGAAACUAGAGUUCCACGUCCUGGCAUGGCCAGUAUGAGUGCCACGUUGCGGAGCAACACCAGCGGCGGCGUCUGGAACGGAUGUCCCUCCAAGCGGACAGCCAGCAUUCAGCCUGAAAGAGCUAGUAAGUAUAACUGUUACCUCUACUUAGGUUAAGGUUUCUCUAAUAAAAGAUAUACUCAUAGUCUACUGGACACAUUUCCUUCAUUUUUCUUCAAGAGAAGCGCACGAGUACAAACCAAGUAACGACAAGGCCGAUGUCAUCUACUACAGAACCGCAUCCAGUCAAUGCCUUUCCUGUCCUUCUGCAACUGUACUGCUUGCCAUGUUUUUUUUUUUUUUUUU